GAGGGGAAAAGACCAGACAGAGUAGACGGAGGCGUUCCCUGUUUCGGAGGGGGCGAUAUCUCGAUGUCUCCGGGUUUUUCCUUGUACUCUCUCGUCAGUCUCGCAACCAGACUCCGAGCGCUCGAAUCGCCGGUUCGUAGCUCGUUUCCCUCCUAUUUACCAUCAAGGAUUGUUUAAAACUGCUUAGAACUGCUCUUAACGGAACCCGCGUUCUGUCCUCGACCACAUGUCUCAGCUGCCUUUAAAUCGUCCGACCCUUCAAUUGCUCGAUCAGCAUCCGGCGAUUUUUAGACUGCCAAAUUGUCGCGAGCCAUUUUCACAAGUCGCCGGAAUCGUGAUCUAAAGAUAUAGAGGACAACGAGGAGGGGAAUUCUCGAGAAUUUACGCAACCCCGAUUAGCGCGAACAUCUCGCUGGAUAGAAAGUUCGAAAGUUCGCGAAAGUUACACGAGUGUGCAAGCUGACUUCAUGAAAGCUACCACGUGAUUUCAAACGUGCGAUAUAUCAAACAUAUUUAAUUACGAUAGGAGAGAAGGAAGAAGACGGAGGAAAGAUUCGGUUCAACAAUCUAGUUCAAUAUUACAAUAAACCAGGCGAUUUCUCUUCAAAGAAUAAGUUAAUAUUAAAAAACGAGAAAAAUAUGUAACAGGAAUAUAAAGAGAAAGGAAGAACAAUAAUUUGAAUUAUUAGGGGCAAGUGGAAAAGAAAGAAGUAACAGGGGAGAAGAAUAGAACGACAUAGAAUAGAGAGAAUCGUUCCGAAGAGGAGGAGAUAACAUAAAAAGAAAAGAAAAACGCAACUGAUUUCGAAGCAAGUGAGUAAUGCGGCUGAUUUCAAAGUGAGUGAGCAGUGCAGCCUGACUUCAUGCGACGAGCAUGUGCGCGACCACAUGAUUCGCGACUACAGCUAAUUGAUCGCAGCAUGUACGCCUUCAAGAAAACGAAAUUUCUCUCGAACGAUAGCAGCCUGUCCACAUGUCAAGUGUGCGAGGAGUUUCUGCAGGGCUAUCAUGAACUCCUGCAACGGUAUAUGGAUAUCGGAGAGGACAUUGGCGUCCCCGAAGAGUUUACAAAGGGUGAAAUGGUGUCGGGAAUGUGGUGGAGACAUUUAUUGUCCGGUGGAAUAGCAGGUGCGGUAUCACGUACCUGUACCGCGCCUCUCGACCGUAUUAAGGUGUAUCUACAAGUCCACGGCACACGACACUGCAAUAUCAUGAGUUGCUUCAGGUACAUGUUGCGUGAGGGUGGCAUUAGCAGUCUGUGGCGUGGCAAUGGCAUUAACGUGCUCAAGAUUGGCCCGGAAACUGCACUCAAAUUUAUGGCGUACGAGCAAGUCAAGCGGGCGAUCAAAGCGGACAACGAGACGCACGAGCUCGGACUUUACGAGCGAUUUUGUGCUGGCUCCAUGGCCGGUGGUAUCAGCCAAUCGGUCAUCUAUCCUCUUGAGGUGCUCAAGACGAGACUCGCGUUGCGAAAAACAGGCGAGUUUAAUGGCAUGGUUGAUGCGGCGAAGAAGAUAUAUAAGCAAGGCGGUUUAAAAUCUUUCUACAGAGGCUAUGUACCUAAUUUAAUAGGAAUACUUCCUUAUGCCGGCAUCGAUUUAGCUGUUUACGAAACGCUGAAAAAUAGUUACUUACGUACACAUGACAAGAAGGAACAACCGGCAUUUUGGGUUCUAUUGCUGUGCGGCACUGCGUCGAGCACAGCAGGUCAAGUGUGCUCGUAUCCAUUAGCGCUAGUGCGAACGCGAUUGCAAGCCGAGAUUGAACCUGAUCGCUCGCCCAACACCAUGGUAGGUGUCUUCAAAGACAUUCUCUAUCGCGAGGGAAUACGUGGUCUGUAUCGCGGCCUCAUGCCUAAUUUUCUCAAGGUUGCACCUGCUGUAUCUAUUAGUUAUGUAGUAUAUGAACAUUUCCGGCAGGCACUGGGUGUCAACAUGACGUGAUGAACAUGAAUGCUAGGUGACUGAUUAAUUCAAUUAAUUAAUUUAUUCUCUCUCUUUCUCCUCUUUUUCUCUAUUCCUCUCUCUUUCUCUCCACUCGUUAUAAUCAUCGACAUGACGAAUGAUCGUUUGGCGAUAAAACGCAUUCGUUCGUCUUUCCUCAAAGAAAAAAAAAACGAAUAAAGAAAAAGAAAGACAAAAGG